AUGGGUAAGGAGAAGUUUCACAUUAACAUUGUGGUCAUUGGCCAUGUCGACUCUGGCAAGUCGACCACUACUGGACACUUGAUCUAUAAGUUUGGUGGAAUUGACAAGCGUGUCAUUGAAAGGUUCGAGAAGGAGGCAGCUGAGAUGAACAAGAGGUCAUUCAAGUAUGCUUGGGUGCUUGACAAGCUCAAGGCUGAGCGUGAGCGUGUUAUUGAUGCCCCUGGACACAGGGAUUUGAUCAAGAAUAUGAUCACUGGUACCUCGCAGGCCGACUGCGCUGUCCUCAUUAUUGACUCCACCACUGGUGGGUUUGAAGCCGGUAUUUCCAAGGAUGGUCAGACCCGUGAGCAUGCUUUGCUUGCUUUCACCCUUGGUGUGAAGCAAAUGAUUUGCUGCUGCAAUAAGAUGGAUGCCACAACCCCUAAAUAUUCCAAGGCAAGAUAUGAUGAAAUCGUGAAGGAAGUUUCUUCUUAUCUUAAGAAGGUUGGAUACAAUCCUGACAAGAUCCUGUUUGUCCCAAUAUCUGGUUUUGAGGGAGACAACAUGAUUGAGAGGUCUACAAACCUUGACUGGUACAAGGGCCCAACCCUCCUUGAUGCUUUGGACAUGAUCCAGGAGCCCAAGAGGCCCUCAGAUAAGCCCCUUCGUCUCCCACUUCAGGAUGUCUACAAAAUUGGAGGCAUUGGAACUGUCCCAGUCGGACGUGUUGAGACUGGCGUUGUGAAGCCUGGUAUGGUUGUGACCUUUGACCCACUGGUCUGA